UCGAUCAGGAUGAGAAUACUACAAGUGUUUGGAUUUUUCGUAAUCCUUUGGCAUGGUCAAUUUGCUUUCAAAAUGAAGGAUAUAACAGAAGAUAUUGUAACACGAGGGUGCAAAAAAUUGGAAAAUACAACGCCGCUGUUGCGUCUUAAAAAGUAUCUCUUUUGCGAUUAUGAUAGCACCGUCCGUCCAAAUCAUCAUAAAGUAGUUACCAAUAUAACUCUCAGACUGAUGCCGAAAAUGAUGGAAUUCACCGAGGAUGGUGUAUUAACACUUCAUAGCUGGAUGUCAUUUUUUUGGACGGACACAUUUCUAACUUGGACACCAAGUAAUUAUAAUGGACUUACUUAUAUUCACGUGCAGCCUUUCUAUCUUUGGAUGCCUGAUAUUUAUGUUUACAAUUCUGGCGAUAUGACGAGUAACGAUUACGAGACAAUUUUAAACACGGAAUGUUUGGUCUUUAAUAAUGGUUCUGUCAUUUGCGUGCCACCUAUGAAAAUUGUGUCAAAAUGCGAUCCCGAUUACACUUAUUGGCCCUAUGAUCAGCACACAUGUCUUAUCACACUCGGCUCAUGGUCGCAUAUAGGAGAGGAAAUAGAUGUCCAUCUAGAUGGAACCGGAGUUGAUAUGAACGGUUACGAAAAUAAUACACAGUGGGACUUGAAACUUUUAAACGCAGAAAAAAUCGUUAAAAAGUAUAAAUGUUGUCCGAAUGAUACUUUUCCUAGAAUUGAUUACACAUUUUUACUAACUCGGCACUAUAGUAUACAUUAUAGAGCUUAUAUUACGCCAGCUAUCGCUUUGAUAUUCCUCACCUUAACGGUGCUCUGGUUGGAUUCAAGAUCAGUUGAACGAGUAGCGAUGGCGAGUAUAAAUUUUAUUUGUCACCUACUCUGCAUAUUCGAUUUGUUCUGGAUGGUGCCAUUCAAUGGUGUCAAUUCUCCUUAUAUAAUGCUGUUCUACCGUGACUCUUUGAUGUUGGCCACUUUUGCAUUAAUUCUGACAGCAUUGUUACGUAAACUGCAAAACACAAGCAUGGAAAUGCCAAGUUGGAUAUCUUCUACGACGACAUUCAUUUUGAGUAACGGGGCUGGUCGAUUCCUGGUCCUGAACGACGAGGAAUCCAAGAUAGCAGAUGGAGGUGUAGUAACUGAAGACAACUCGGAUUCUCCAAAGUCCGAAACGAAGAAAGAAUCCUGGAGACAUUUCGCCGCCAUUAUUGAGUGGUUGUCAUUCUUCUGUGUGAUCCUCACUUAUGCCAUCAUCUUAAUCACUCUUGUACCUUUAGGAGCUACGAAUUGA